UCCAUCCUUGUUCAAGAUAAUUUCUCGCGAUCCCUGACCUCUUACUUUCUCUCUCUUUUCUCUCCUUGUCUCUAUUAAAGCCCCCUGAUACCUAAGCAACGAUUCACGCCCAAAUAUCUCAUUCUUCGUCUGCUGCGCUCUGUUUCAGCUAUCGACCUCAGGGAUCGCAACUCUAAUGGCAGAAGUUGAACAUGAACAAAGUUUUCUCGAGCAUGACGGAAUUCAGGCACAGGACCAACUACUAGAUCAGGUACAUGAUCAGGGAGAAGAUCAGCUACAAGAUCAACUGGAAGAUCAGCUACAAGAUCAACUGGAAGAUCAGCUACAAGAUCAGGUCCAAGAUCAGCUGGAAGAUCAGGAACAGGUACCUGAAAACUCAGAACCGCAACAAAAGCUAGAACAUGAAGGGGAUGCUGCAGUUGGUAGUGCUGAAAAGAGAUGGCCCGGGUGGCCUGGAGAGAGUGUGUUCCGGAUGUUGGUCCCUGCACAAAAGGUUGGCAGUAUAAUUGGGCGCAAAGGGGAGUUCAUUAAGAAAAUAGUUGAGGAGACAAGGGCUCGCAUUAAGAUUCUUGAUGGCCCUCCAGGAACAAGUGAAAGAGCUGUAAUGGUAUCUGCCAAGGAUGAGCCUGAUUCUUGUCUUCCUCCUGCUAUGGAUGGCCUCUUGAGAGUUCAUAAGCGAAUUGUCGAUGGUUUGGAGGGUGAUCCUUCUCAUGCUCCACCAGGUACCGGUGGCAAGGUUUCAACAAGGUUGCUGGUCCCUGCAUCUCAGGCAGGAAGUUUGAUUGGAAAACAGGGAGGAACAGUCAAAUCCAUUCAAGAAGGAUCUAAUUGUAUAGUUAGAGUUCUUGGGACUGAAGAUCUACCUGUCUUUGCUCUUCAAGAUGAUCGGGUUGUUGAAGUAGUGGGAGAGCCAGUUGGUGUGCACAAAGCAAUUGAACUAAUUGCAUCUCAUCUCAGGAAGUUUUUAGUUGACCGCAGUAUAAUUCCCUUGUUUGAGAUGCGGAUGCAAAUGCCAAACCCACAAAUGGAUCACAUCCCUCCUCAUCAACCUUGGGGUCCGCCUCAAGGCAUUCCUCCAAAUGCUGGUGGAGGUCCAGGUUUUGGACCAGGUCCUCAAUACAUGCCUCCUCGACAAGUUGACAAUUAUUAUCCUCCAGCUGACCUUCAUCCUCCUAUAGAGAAACAGCCUCAUCAGGGUAUAUCUGCUUAUGGAAGAGAGGCUCCAAUGGGCAUGCAUGCAUCGUCAAAUGCCCAAUCAGCACCAUCAAUGAUCACACAGGUCACGCAACAAAUGCAGAUUCCCCUCUCUUACGCUGAUGCUGUUAUUGGAACGGCUGGUGCAAGCAUAAGUUAUAUUCGUCGUGCUAGUGGAGCAACUGUUACCAUUCAGGAAACUAGGGGU